CAAGUUACUUGUGCAUUGUAGUUCUUUCCCACACCCUUGUUAGUCCAACACAAAGAUUAGUAAUUAACUACUACUACUAACUAUUAGUAACUUGGCUUAGCCCAAAUUUGAGUUCGUAUCCCCCCCUAGGCCCGAUCUGACAGACUUAUCUGCAUUUUCGGACAAUAUCUUGGUUCAAUAGGCACAGCUGAUCUGACUGCAUGCAGUGGACAGCGCGUCUUUUGCGUUCUAUUCCAUCAUACCUGUCACUACCACCGAUUUAUCUGUCCUUGCAAAAGGCCUUCAAGUCAAAGGAGAUCUCGGACAUGAAAAAACUGUUCGUCUGAUGCUCGCUGAAUUCUGUGCUAGUCGUCCGUGUCAGUGCAGUUUCGUGCUUGGUCAAAACCAAAAAAUAGUAAAGAGUUGUGUGUCCUAUUGAACGUGCUCACCAAAGAGAAAAAACUCGCUGACACGCAGUCUGCAUGUUGCUUCAGCUGGAGAGGAAGCGGAAUGUCCUGGAGUCCUCUUCUGUGCUCUGUGAGGUUAUUGUGCCCACUUGAGCUGCCUGAUCAUGUAUGGAUUUAUGUUCAAGGCGCUGGAGCGUCUGAUCAAAAGUCGCUUUGGAGAUACCAUCUGGACAGCAAUUCUUACGGACGCCACUGAAACUGAUCUUGAACAUGGAUUUAAGCUGCAUGAGAUGUACCCGGAUUCCUUGCUCACCAAACUCGUUCGAAGUUCUAUCACUGUCCUGGAGAAGGAGAAGCCCGAACUUCAGAUGACAGCUAAUGUACUGCUUGAACUGUUUGGCAAGGAGUUCUUUAGUUGGACAGUGGAGUAUCGCUACGAUAAUUUACUUCGGAUUCUCGGCAGUACCUUGAGUGAUUUCCUAGCCAACCUGGAUGCAUUGCACGACCACCUGGGCACAGCGUAUUCAGGCAUGCAAGCCCCGUCAUUCCGAUGUGCGGACAGUGGCAAGGAUGUUAUCUACCUGUAUUACUACUCUGUCCGUGAGGGCCUCUAUCCCAUUGUUUCUGGUAUCGUCAAGGCAGUGGCCAGAGAAGUCUACCAUGUAAAUAUCAGCAUGGAGGUUGUGCCGGAACCCGAGGAUAACCCUGAUGUUGUUGGCAUUUUCCCUGAUGACUCGUCAGUGGCGAGUUCCAGUGCAAUGCUUAGCUGUACCAGCACAAUUGACAGCGAAAGUCUGCUGAGAAAAGCCAAGCCAGUUGUGUUCGCUAUUCACAUUCGUCAGAAUGAAGAAACCACGCGUCCUACUUCGGUUUCAGGGAGAAGCAACAACCGGCAACGUAAAAUCAGCGUUCUCGGAAGCUCAGAGGACAUACGUCUUCCUGAUCAGAAUCUGAUUUCGCCAUCUGUACUGUGUAGAGCUUUCCCCUUCCAUAUGGUGUUUGACAAAGAGCUCUUAGUUAUUCAAAUGGGCGUCGCUCUGCAGCGGAUUAUCUACCGUGAGCACAAGGAUCCUAUCCAUUUGGAUCAGCUGUUUGAAGUCGUUCGGCCCCGCAUGCCAUUCUCGUUCAAUUUGAUAUUGAAUCACAUCAACGGAGUAUUCAUCCUGCGGACCAAGCGGCGUGCUUUUCCACACAGUAGAGCUGGCUCCAUUCGCCUCAAAGGCCAAAUGCUGUUUGAUUACUCGCACAACGUGAUGCUGUUCCUUUGCUCGCCGCGGAUCAGCAGUAUGACACAAUUGCAACGCAGUGGCCUCUACCUGAGUGAUAUCCCUAUUCACGAUGCAACACGUGAUCUCCUUCUACAAGCACAGACGUCUGUGGCUGAGUUUCGCCUCAUGCAGCAGAUGGAGUUGCUACUUGACAACUUGAAAAAGGCACAGUGUGAUCUUAAGCGUGAGAAGAUGCUGACUGAUCGUCUGCUCUACUCCAUUCUGCCGGAGUCAGCCGCCAAUGCGCUACGGCAAGGCAAAGCAGUCCCGGUGGAGAACUACGACAAGGUCACCAUACUCUUCAGCGACAUCAAGGGCUUCACCAACAUAUGUGGCCAAGCACAGCCGCUGCAGGUCGUGCGCAUGCUGCAUGAGGUCUACAUGCGGUUUGACCACCUUGUGGCUGCACACAAGGUCUACAAGGUGGAAACCAUUGGUGAUGCAUAUAUGGUGGUCGGCGGCUUACCAGAGAUGUGCGAAGAUCAUGCUCAGCGAAUUGCAUGUCAAGCAUUGGACAUGCAAGCGGAAGCCAAGAAGGUCUUGAGCCCACACACCCGUGAACCUCUGGAGAUCCGUGUUGGAAUUCACUCGGGCACAGUCAUGGCUGGAGUUGUUGGACAACGUAUGCCACGCUACUGCCUCUUCGGAAACAAUGUCAAUAUUGCAAGCAGAACUGAGAGUACAGGAGAGGCUGGCAAGAUCCACAUCACGCAGAGCACGUAUAAUUACAUCAAGCGUUGCAGAGAGUUUGGCUUUGUCAAGCGUGUGCCAAUGGUGCAGAUGAAAGGAGUCUCGCCGGACAUUCAGACCUACUUUCUAAUCGAACAGCGUCCUGAUGAUAAGAAAGUGUCCGUUGAAGACUGCCCCGAGCUCACCGAGAGUGCAUUCUUUGAAGAACCAGACCUGCCACAAGUUCCCAAUGAGCGGUAUGUAUGCCGAAUGUGUGAACACGAGUGCACCGCGCCUGUUGAGGGUGGCCAUGACCGUGACUUGAUGGACUCGGGUGAUGAUGACGACUUUGAAGAAUAUGAUGAGGUCAUAGGUUUCACGACUGAUACUGACAAUCCAGAUGGUGCAGAAAGCUGUGAUGACAUCCCGCAUCUACAUGAUGGAGCGGGUGCAAGGACUGUUCCAGAGGCAGCUUUUCAGCCCCAGCAAUGUGUCAUUCACUCCGAUCCUGCGACUCAUGUUGAGCAAGACCAAGUUGUCACAGCUGUUCUCCUUGACCAAACCCCGCCGUCAAGUAGUCCUUGCACCUUUGCUACUGCUCUCUCCAAAGGUGUUCAGUCAGAUGGUGCCACUGGCCUCACCUGUCCUUUCAGCGGCCUAAUGCUUGGUGGUGAAAGUGCUCCUGCGGCUACUGGUGCUGUGCCUCCUGGCUCUGCUGAUACUGGUGCUACUUCACCUCGUCAUCGGCCACUUAAGCGCAAAAUGGCUGUGCUCAGUCGGGCCAAUGUAUUACAGCACUCCAAUUUUCCAGGAAUGGGACACUAUUCUCAGCUAUCAUCCUUUGGUAUUGAGCAGAACUUUGAUCGCAAGAUCAGCCAGAAUAUCAAAUCUCUUGAUCUGGCCGAACAGCAGCUCCAGGAAGGACCCACUGCUCUGCCGAUUCGAUUGCGUCACCGGGAGAGUGCACUGUGUCAGCUGGUCCGUACUUACUCUCAUGAGAAUGUCACACAGGUGCGUAAGGUCAGCAAUGAAAGGCGAGAGAUGAAGCUAGUUGACAUGCACUCCGAUCAGAAUGGAAACUCCUCUGCUGUAUCAGCGCCUCACAACCCGCUGGUUAUUUUGCGACCGCUUUCACCUAGCCUCAGCAUGCCCAGCCUUCUGGAGUAUGAAGGUGAGGAGUUCCUCAUGUACCUCAAACGAUCUUAUAAAUGCAGCGAAGAUCGUACUUCAACCAGUUCAAAGCCGCUCUCUGUGUCUGAUGACGGGUCUGUGUCAAGCCACUCUCCGCUGCCAUGUGAGCUUCCAUCCGUGAGUUCGUCUGUUGUGGAUGUGGAUUUGAAGCACUUGCAGCACUUUCAACCAGUUGCAUCCAGUUCACCACAGAUUUCUGUUGUUGAUUGUGAUGCAACUCCUGAGCUAGUACAUGCAUCUAAAUUGCCAACGGAUCAAGACAGGGAUGAAGUAUGCAAACCUACCAGCAAUGGAGCUACUCGAAUGCCUGUCACAACAGCGCCAGCUACUACCAAUAGCAUCACUUGCCAUGCAUCGGUUGUUAGUGGCACAUCCUCGAAGACGAUUGAUGCUGAUAUUGCAUCGACCGAUUGCACUCGGAGAAGUAAUGUCACUGCCGUUGCAGCUAAGUCUGACGAUAAAAGCAGCAGCCAUACAUGUACAUCCACUACAACUAUGCCAGCUCAACCGUCAACGAUCACAGCUACGUCACCAACAGCAGUACCAACGUCGACAGCAGAAGUACCAACAUCGACAACGGCUGAACCAACAUCGGCAAUGGCCGUACCAGCAUCGACGACAGCAGUACCAAUGUCGACUGGGGAAGUACCACCAUCAACAGCCGCAGUACCAACAUCGACAACAGCAGUACUACCAUCGACAACGACAGUAUCAGCAUCGGCAGCGGCAGUACCAGCAUCGACAACGGCAGUACCAGCAUCGACAACAGCAGUACCAACGUCGACAGGGGAAGUAUCACCAUCGAUAGCGGCAGUACCAACGUCGAAAGCCGCAGUACCACCAUCGACAAAGGCUGAACCAACAUCGACAACAGCAGUACUAUCAUCGACAAUGGCAGUACCAGCAUCGACAGCGGCUAUACCACCAUUGAUAGCGGCAGUACCAGCAUCGACAGCGACAGUACCACCAUCAAGAGCGGCAGUACCAACGUCGACGGAAAUAUCAGCAUCAACAAAGGCUGGACCACCAUCGACAACAGCAGUACUACCAUUGACAGCGGCAGUACUACCAUCGACAGCAGCAGUACCAGCAUCGACAACAGCAGUACCACCAUCGACAGCCGGAGUACCGGCAUCGGCAAAGGCUGUAUCAGCGUCGACAAAGGCUGAACCAACAUCGACAGCGGCAGUACUACCACCGACAGCGGCAGUACCAGCAUCGACAGCAGCAGUACCGGCAUCGACAACAGCCGUGCCAGCAUCCACAACAGCAGUACCGGCAUCGACAACAGCAGUACCAACAUCCACAAUGGCAGUACCAAUGUCGACAACGGCAGUACCAACAGUGACAACACCUGAAACUAAGAGUGGCAGCGAUAUCUUUGUUGAUGAGCCAUCCUAUGCUAGCUCGACAAAUACUUCUGCGUUACCCAUUGAUUCUCCCCGAUCUACUGCUGAAUCAGCCGCCUGCAUUCUGCCUGUAGUUACUCCAGUGCCCAUCACGACAGCAUCAGCUACUGCCAAUGGCAUCACUUGUCAUGCAUCCGUUGUCAGCAGUCCCUCCUCAAAGACGAGUGAUGCUGAUACUGCGACAAUGGAUUGCCAUCAGACAAGCAAUGGCACAUGAUGGUAACACCUGAAACUAGGUGUGGGAGUAGCAUCUUCGCACCAGCUCGACAAAUACUUCUGCGUUAUCCGUUUACUCCCUGAUCUGCUACCAAAUCUCCCGCAUGCAUUAUGUAAACCUGAAAACCUUGCAAGUGGCAUCAUCGGUGACCACUGUGUGUUGAUAUUCGCGCCUUGCCUGCAUUAGAGUGUCAUUCCCACUUUGGUGAACUAGAGACAUUUUUAAACAUAUUUUCUUAUUAUUUGAGUAACUGUUAGCAGUCACCGGACUGCUGACAGUGUGUGCAAAUACUAACUUACUAUAGUUACGAUUACUCAUUGGAGUUGAUACGUAUUGAUGUGUGUCUGGUUGCAUAUUAGAUCAUAAGUUUACUUACACCCACAAUAUUCUCAUAGUUAUUAUUUAUAGCACGGUGCCAACAGGCACUGCAUAUACAUGUACAGUACUUUGAGUUUUAGAAAUUUCUCCGAGGUGUUUUUUUGUCUUUCCAAGGCUUGCCAAUCGGUUUCUUCAUUACUUUUUAUACUUCACCUUAAAAGUAGUUUUCAUGACAGUGAAGUUCUCACCAUUCAAUAUUCCAGACAUUAAAAUGUUGUUUUGCAUAGUACAUGUAGUCUGUCCAGAUCUAGCGCUUGCGUCUUUGGAUAUAGUUAUAUGUAUUGCGUGAGGACGCACAUUGAUUUUGACCAUUAGGGUACAUCUGCCUGUUUGUAUUUUCAUGUGCUUACUUUUCUUCUUCAGCUGUGCUGUGCUUAUUUUUCUAUCAGGGUGUACCAGAAACUAGAAUUAAGAAAGCCUAGCACUCCCUGGUGUCUAUAGACUAUAAUAGUACUACUCCGGCUGCUAUGGCAUUUUAUAUAUUUCUGCCAACCCUUUCACUCUAUUUUCUUAUCACUGUUCUUUUCUCUACAUCAAUCAUGGCACAUCUUCAACGUGUACUUCAAGACGGUCCGCAGCUCAAGGAUUUGCAGCUCAAGGUACACUGCUGUGGUUUUCAGUGCCUAGAGCACCACAA